AUGCUGGAACAUAAUUUGGACCACAUCCUCAGCUGCUGUAAAUCAGUGGAGCUCCAGCCGCUUGUUUUUGGGGCCCAUGGGGGGGAAGCAUGCCUGGGGGAGCGGGACUCCCAAAGGGGCAGUGGGAUCAGCUCAGCUGUGACUGUUGUUUGCCCCCCCUCUCCCGGGCAGGAGUCGGGAGAUGACGAGUACAAAGGUGACCAGUCGGACAGCGACGACGAAGUGGACUCGGACUUCGACAUUGAUGAGGGCGACGAGCCGGCCAGUGACCAGGACGAUGACGAGCCCAAGAGGAAACGCAGGGUGGUCACCAAGGCUUACAAGGAGCCCAUCAAAAGCCUGAGACCCAAGAAGCCCGAUACAGCUGCUAGCAGCUCCCAGAAGGUGCGAGAGGAGAAGUCUGCGCCCCUGGAACUCCAGGAUGAAGUGGGAGACAGCCGCAAGUACAUGCGCCAGUCAACUACGGAGCACACGCGCCAGACCUUCCUCCGUGUCCAGGAGCGUCAGGUGCAGUCGAAGCGCAAGAAGGGGGGGACGAACUAUGACAGGCCGCUGACGCAGGAGGAGCUGCUGGAGGAGGCCAAGAUCACAGAGGAGAUUAACCUGCGGUCUCUGGAGACUUACGAGCGGCUGGAAGCUGACAAGAGGAAGCAUGUGCAGAAGAAGCGGAAGUGUGUGGGGCCGGUGAUCCGCUACUACUCGGGGACCAUGCCGCUGAUCACUGACCUCGGGGUGAAGGAGGAGAACGUGGAUGUGGAAGGGUUGGAUCAAGACAUGCAGCAAACAGCAGAGGCUCCCCAGGCUGCUGCCUCCCCGGCUGGCAAAUGCUCUCGCACCUUCAUCACCUUCAGCGACGACGAGACCUUUGAGCGCUUCUUCCCUAAGGCCAAGCAGCCCAAGCUGCCCGUGAAGGAGAUCUGCCCCGUCACCCACAAGCCGGCCGUCUACCGGGACCCCAUCACCGACAUCCCCUACUCCAACAUCCGGGCCUUCAAAAUCAUCCGUGAGGCCUACAAGAAAUACAUCACUGCUCAUGGGCUGCCCAAUGCGGCGGCUUCUGCGGCCCUGGGGGCGGGGCCGCCCGCAACGGAUCCAAAUGUCCGGGCGACCCGGCAGAAAAUCAUCAUCAAACAAACCGUCCCGGCCACAUAAAGCCCAGGAGUGUCUGUUCCCUUUCCAGGAGGGAACUUCUUAAACGGACACAGGCACCUUUGGGUGGCUCAGUAUUGACCCACCCCUCCUUCUUCUUCCCUACGUAUUUUUGUUUUUUAAACUCAAACGGGUGGUGGUUCAUUGUUCUUUAUUUAUUAUUUUAUUUUUUAAUAAAAAAAGCAAUGCCUGCAGCGGUCCUACCAGACCAGACCAGCCUGCACAGCCCCUCUCUCCUGGGAGACCCUACGAAAAACAAACCAGCGUGCACAGCCCCUCUCUCCUGGGAGACCCUACGAAAAACAAACCAGCGUGCACCAGCAGAGGCAUGCAGUGGGUGGGAAUCACUUAUUCUGUGAGGAGGAGGAUGGAUUUUAAGCUCGGAAAUGGUGCCUCCUGUUUAACCGUUUAGAAAGAUAAUAAAAUGACAGGACAGAC